UUCUAUAUCAUUUGAACCUAUCAAAGACUGGACCGCAGAAGUACAUGCAAUCUUUGAACUGCCUUCUGAGACAGCUGCCAGUGUUGAAGAGCCAAACACACCAAAGAAGGUGCAAAGGGGAGCCAGUCUUUCCGGCUCUGAGACUAAUGGUAAAAUCGAGCAAAAAGAUUACCUGCGAAGAAGAUAUUCAGAGCUUUGAAAAGUUCAACAUCCCUGUGAAGGGAAAAGACGUUAGCAAAAGAAGCAACUACUCCCCCAUUAUUACAAAUAUCUUAAUGAAAUGGCUGCUUGAAAAUGAAGAGUAUCCAUACCCCAAUAGACAUGAUAGAGAGGCCUUGUGAAAGAAAACAGGUCUUACGAGAAAGCAACUCAGGAUAUGGCUCAUCAAUGCCAGAAAGAGGAAGAUUAAGAAGACUACUAAAAAUCCAAAAAUCAACUUAAAAAAAUCAAAAUCCAAAAAUCCAAAAACCAGAGCAAACAGGAGCUCCAAACACCCCCAUUCCACCCACCUCCCCGACCCCACUCUCUCUCCUACCCUCUCUACAUCCCCUCCAGACCUGACCCAAUACUGCUUCUGUCAAUCUCCCCUAUCAUCACCUUUGCCCUCCCUCCGAUCCAUCUUCUUCUAACCUAAAAUCC